AUGUCUAUGUUCAAUGGCACCUACUACCAGCCUCCAUUCUUCCUUCUUUCAGGAAUCCCGGGGCUAGAGGAGUCUUGCAUCUGGAUCUCCAUCCCACUGGGCAUCAUGUAUGUAAUUGCCAUCCUGGGGAACAGCAUCAUUAUUCACAUAAUACACAAGAAUCCCAGCCUUCACGAGCCUCAGUGUGUGUUCUUGUCCCUGUUGGCAGCCACUGACAUAGACAUGUCAGCAUCUACACUGCUUACUGUGCUUAGUGUCUUUCUCCUCAACCACAGAAGGACUGAGUUCCACAGUAGCCUGGUUCAGAUGUUCUUCAUCCACACCUUCUCUUCCAUGGAGUCAGCCAUCCUGCUGGCCAUGGCUUUUGACCGCUUUGUUGCCAUAUGCAACCCACUACGCUACACUGUUGUCCUGACACAUUCCCGCAUUAUUCAGAUGGGAUUGGCUGCUGUGGCUUGAGGAGUGGCACUGAUGGCCCCCUUGCCCAUCCUGCUCAAACGGCUUCCCUUCUGUAAGAACAUCAUCCUAACCCACUCGUUCUGCUUCCACCCUGACGUGUUGAAGCUAGCUUGUGCAUCCAUUCGUGUGAAUAUCAUUUAUGGGCUGGCAUUGAUUCUCUGCUCCUUUGGUGUUGACUCUGUCUUUAUUGUUCUGUCUUAUACUUUGAUCUUGAAGAAAGUUCUGGGCAUUCCUUCCAGGGAAGGAUGGCUUAAGGCACUCAACACAUGCGUCUCCCAUAUUGUCACUGUCCUCAUUUUCUAUGUCCCACUUAUUGCCUUCGCCCUGAUCCACAGGAUAGGCAAAUGCCACUCCCCUCUCCCCCAUGUCACUAUGUCCAACAUUUUCCUUUUCCUCACACCUGUCCUCAACCCUCUGGUUUAUAGUGUGAAAACAAAACAGAUUAGAAGGGCACUACGUAGACUGUACUUAAG